AACUGCGCUGGGGGUGGAAUCCGGAGGUCGGUCCCCGGCGGCGGCGCAGGCUCACCAGGCCGCGCCCGGCCCGCGGGACGGAACCGCCGUUGGGGAGGGGGAGACGGUUGAACUGCCCCCCGCCUGGGGGCGUGCGCAGGCCUCCCCCUCGGCCGGGCGCGCCUCUGCGCUGCCAUGGCGACAGUUAGGGGCGGCCAUGGCGGAAGAGAAGGAGGGAGCCACCGCGGCAUUCCUUUUCAAGGAAAAUGAAUGAUUUUCCUGAUUUUUUGAGAGGUCUUGAGCAUCCAUUCACCCAGUAAAGACAAUGCAAGCUGCUGGUGCUCCGGUCUUCUGGAAAGCAGAGGCUGCAAUAGCAGAUAUUCAGAAAAAGAUUACAGAAGCUUUUGAAGUGUUUGACCAUGAAAGUAAUAAAACUGUGGAUGUCAGAGAAGUUGGUACAAUCAUAAGGUCAUUAGGUUGCUGCCCAAGUGAGGCGGAACUACGUGAUAUGCUUGCAGAGGUAGAAGAAGAAGAACCUACUGGGUAUAUUCAUUUAGAAAAAUUUCUUCCAAUGAUGACUAAAGUAUUAAUGGAAAAAAGAUACCGGCCUAUUCCAGAAGAUGUUCUUUUGCAUGCAUUUGAGGUGUUAGAUCAGAAUAAAAAUGGAUAUCUUACAAAACAGGAAUUAAUCAAAUGCAUGACUGAAGAAGGUGAGCCUUUUACACAGGAAGAAAUGGAAGAAAUGCUGUCAGCUGCUAUAGAUCCAGAAACAAAUAAAAUUCGUUACAAAGACUACAUUUCAAUGAUGGUAGUAGAUGAAAAUUAAGUGCUUUACACAGAGUUAAGGUUAUGUUGGUGUAAAUUUGAAGUUAGGGUGGAUAUACAUUCUUUGGCAUGACUCUUGAGGUCAAAAUAUGACCUAGUUAUUGUAAUCCAAAUAAAAUCUUCCUGAAAGUA